UAAAAUUUGACCGUGUCAAUAAGAUAAGCUUACAGUAAAAUUUAUUGUUUCAAUAGUGAAUUGUUUGGUUGGCAGUAUUAUUUUCUUUUCUUGUUGUUUUCGAUUAUAUUACAGUGUACGCUUUACAGUUAUAUGUUCUAGAAACCAGAAACAUAUCUUUACGUAAGGACUUUAAGCUUAUAUUUUACAGUGUUAAUCUGAUUCACGAAGAGAAAGACCGACCUGAUACAUCAUGAAAAAACCUCCUUCUUUGCUAGACCACGUGCUUGAAGUCUGUGUGACGUAAAGCUAUCAUAUGGUCAUCAACAUUUUGUGGACGUAGAUUGAUGAAUUAGCUGUUUUGUAACCAAAUAUAACGAGACGUACUGUGAUUAUAAGCUCUGUACUGUUAUCAUAGUAUAUAUGAUUACAUCUAUGUGCAGGUAGCAUAAGCGCAAACUCAAAAUAUUGUCAAGAGGAAAUAGUUUAUUUUUUGUAAAGGGCUACGAAGUUUUCAAACAUGACGGAAGAAAGUGGAAAAGAGAAAAAUACCCUUGGUUAUGAGCACACAUUGAUGUUUGGCCGUUAUAAAGAAGAUCUUGGGGAAUAUGCCAAAGCAGAAGCUCAAAGAGCCAAGUCUUUAAAGGCAUUAAGAAAAAAAGAAGAAAAACUUAGCAGCUUGGAUCUUCGGCCUUACAGAAGUAAAUGGCAGAGGAAAUGUAUCGGUUGGAUGUCCAUCUUUUGGAAACACACUUUUGCCAGGCUAGGAGAAGAUUGGGUCUUCUUAGCACUGCUUGGUAUAAUUUCAUCACUUCUGAGUUUUGCUAUGGAUUAUGGGAUUGCUAUCUGCCAGAAGGCUCGCAUCUGGUUGUAUCGAGAUCUCACUGAACAUCCAGCCCAGCAGUAUUUAGCUUGGCUAACUUUUCCUUUGAUUCUUAUGCUGUUCUCUGCAGGUUUUGUUCAUGUUGUUGCUGCUCAAGCAGUGGGAUCUGGCAUUCCUGAAAUGAAAACAAUUCUUCGAGGUGUUGUGCUUAAAGAAUACCUUACAUUUCGAACAUUAGUGUCCAAGAUGGUUGGUCUCACUGCCUCUCUAGGUAGUGGCAUGCCACUAGGCAAGGAGGGUCCGUUUGUACAUGUGGCAAGCAUUGUAGCCACCCUUCUCAGUAAGCUUGUGACUUCGUUCAAAGGUAUAUAUGAGAAUGAAUCCAGAACGAGUGAAAUGUUGGCUGCUGCAUGUGCCGUUGGCGUAGCUUGUAGUUUUGCUGCUCCCAUUGGUGGAGUGUUGUUCAGUAUAGAAGUUACUUCUGUUUUCUUUGCUGUGCGGAACUAUUGGAGAGGAUUUUUUGCUGCUUGUUGUGGAGCCAUGGUGUGGAGAUUACUUGCUGUGUGGUUUAAAGAUGAAGAAACAAUAACAGCACUAUUUAAAACAAACUUUAGAGUGGAUUUUCCUUUUGAUCCUCAAGAACUAGUGGCCUUUGCUAUGAUUGGAGUAUUCUGUGGUUUUGCUGGAGCAUUUUUUGUCUGGUUUCACCGAAGAAUUGUUGAAUUUAACAGAAAACACAAAAAACUGAAUACUUUCUUGCAAAAAAACCGCUUUAUUUACCCAGCCAUUGUAACAACAGUGAUAGCAACACUAACAUUCCCUCUGGGACUUGGAAAGUUUAUGGCAUCAGAGUUCCUGACUACUGCAUGGGCUGCAACAAUUCCUGUUCCUGCUGGUGUUUUUAUUCCUGUUUUCAAAAUGGGUGCUGCUUUUGGCCGUCUUGUUGGAGAGUGUAUGGCAGCUUGGUUUCCCGACGGAGUAAGGCUAGGUGAAACGGUGACCAAAAUCAUUCCUGGUGGUUAUGCUGUUGUGGGUGCCGCUGCUCUCUCUGGAAGUGUUACUCACACAGUAUCAACGUCUGUUAUUGUUUUUGAGCUGACUGGCCAAAUGUCACACAUCCUUCCUGUAAUUAUAGCUGUUCUAAUAUCAAAUGCCAUUGCCCAGUCACUACAACCUUCCAUUUAUGAUAGCAUUAUUAAAAUCAAGAAACUUCCGUACUUACCACCCAUUCUUACAGUCUCAUCAGUGGCCCACAAUGUUUAUGUUGAUGAGAUUAUGGUCCGAGAUGUUUUGCAUGUGUGGCAAGGAAUGACCUACAGAGAACUCGGGAAUAUUCUGAAAAUGAAGAAACGGUUUCAUUCCUAUCCUUUUGUUGACUCUCCAGAGUCCAUGAUUCUUCUGGGAUCAAUUCAGCGAUUUGAGCUUAAGAAACUAUUGGAGAACCAAUUAGGUAGAGAACGCCGACUAAAAGAAAUGGCAAGACGUCAGUCAGUAGAUGAUGCACGUAACAAGCCUCAGUUUUCUGACCAGCCUCGUAAAAUGUCGAGGUUUGAAAUAAUACCCGUUUCAGGAAGUGAUAAACUCUCUCCAGAAAUUUCACCUGCAUCUUCACCACCACUGAGCCCUAAAUCACCAAUGAAGUCCAUCCUUAAACCGUCACCACUAACGUCACCUUAUUCAACUAUCACAUCCCAAGAUUCCAGACUACGACAGGCUUUUGAGACCAUAUUUUACAAAGCCAAAACUUUAGAAGAUGCCUAUCCAGAUCAGACAGAUGCCAAUGCUCCAAGUACUCAUAGCAUCCAAAAGCGGGUCCAGUUGCCAAAGGAACGUGUAAUUGAUAUGUCAGAAGAAGAGCAACAUUCCUGGGAAGAAGAGCAGCUGAACAAGCCAGUGGAUUUUGGUCAGUGUCACAUUGAUCCAGCUCCAUUCCAGCUUGUAGAACGAACAACACUUAUUAAGGUUCACUCCCUUUUUUCCAUGCUUGGAUUAAACCAUGCCUAUGUUACAGCUAUUGGUCGACUUGUAGGAAUCGUAGCUUUAAAAGAGGUACGUAAAGCCAUUGAAAAUCUUCACACUGGCGUUUUCAACAGAAUUUCUGAGAGUGAUGAUAGUGGUCCUGAAAUUGAUGCUUUAUCUUCAGAACUUCCAUCAGAAACUCAUUCAGAAACAGAUGAGUAUAUUACUGAGAGUAGGCCUCUGACAAGAUUAUAUAAGAGUGAAGAAGAAGACUCGCAUCCAGUUUGAAGUGAAAAAUAAAAUGCGUACUAUAGUAUAAAAGAAUGAAUAAAAACCCUAUAACCCGAGCACUUUCGAAAGGUGGACCUUUCUUCUUCAGUUUGCCCCUGAAG